AUGGUCAGACAGGUGAAGAAGACUGUUCACGAUGGAAACUUAGAGAUUGAUAUAAUGACGAGAAGAUCAAAAUCGGGAAAUAUUAUACUUGAAACUCCGAAUAUAGAACAAACAGACUCUCUAGCGGAACUCCUUAAAGGGAAGUUAGGGGAUACAAACAUAAGACGUCCUGCACAGACCAUUCCUCUUUUUUUCAUGGGAAUUGAAGAGUCGGUGGAUGAAUCUGAACUUAAAGGUGCCCUAGAAGCUUUCGACGAUGGAUUAAAAAGUAUCAAUAACAUUGUUAUAAGAGAAAAUAGAAAUGGACUAAGAACUGCUGUCAUCCGAGUACCAUGGAGAGCUGGGCGUAGACUUAUUAACGCUAAAAAAAUUAAGAUAGGGUGGGGCAUGUGCAGAAUAAAGGAGUUCGAUGCGCGUGAGCAAGCAUGCAAUAAAUGCAGAGAAAAAGGUCAUUUCGCUAAAGAUUGUCUUGGAGCCGAAAGAAGAAAGUGUUUCAACUGCAAAGAGAUGGGCCAUCUAAUUGCUAAUUGCAAACAAGAGAUUAAGAGAUAUGAUGCUAAAAGCAAAAACGAGAGCAAAGACGAGGCACACGGGAGUCACAUUCUCGCAGUGCGAACUUAA